UUCUAUUUAAAAAUUAGAAAACAAUGAUACUGUGUAGAAGGUAUAAAGAAUAUUUAGGUUUUGACAAGCAUCUUUAUCAGUCAUGAAACCUAAUUGAACAUAUGGAAGUUAUAACUAGGACAUCUGUACCGAAAAUACAUGAUGCUUUGAACAACUACAUGCUGCAGUUGAAGAUUUAGAUCUGAAACUGGGAACCAGCCAGGAUGGUUCAGCUGGGAUAUGACAGUGAUGAUGAGGAGGAGGGAUUUAUGCUGGAACCAGUCAAGCAAAAAUUUACAAUCCGUAAACCAGUCACACCAUACGUCUGCUCCACACCAUGUGACUUUGAUCUAGAGAGAGAAUUCCUGGCACAAGAAGUGUUUCCUCAACUUGAAGAGCUUUGCCAACAACGAGGGACGGCAUUCUCUCCGAUAGAUAUACAAUGGACCCCAGACAGUAUUCAGACAGAAAGUGGACACCUUUUACGAAUAAAUCUAGACUUUAUAAUGAGAUGCACUCCAUAUUUUAUAUGUUUACUUGGAGAAACAUAUGGGCCUCAUAGAACACCGGACGGUGGGAAACUGCCUGAAAGUUUACAUACUUUACCUGACGAUGCAUCAUGGAUUGAUAAAAACUAUUUGGUAGCUGCCAGUGCUGGAUACUCUUGGAUAUUGAAAGAGGUACACCAGAAUUGCAGUAUUCCAGAACUGGAAAUAAUUCAGGCUGCAUUCCUCAGUGAUAACAGAUACUGUCAUUUCUACUACAGACAACCAGAACAUCUAGACCACAAAUUACAAGAUAUAGCAGAGGGUGAAAAACAGAAGACAAUAGCUUUGCAUAAGCCUGAGAGUGAAUAUGCAGACUUGAAUAUUCGAGAUCUGAAACAACGUAUUGUGAACAAGGGACUGCCUGUGAAAUAUUUUCAGACAUGUGGUGAGCUCGGUACACGUGUACUUGCUGACUGGAAGGAGAUCAUUGAUGAACUGUAUCCACCACUACUUGAUGGCCUUGGGAUGUUCGACACUGAAGAGUACAGAGAGUGGCUGUGUCAUGAAGUAUUUUCGGAGAGCAGACGACAUAUUUACUUAAAUCAUUCAGAGUUACGUACCUUGAAAGGAGAUUUGACAAAGUUCUGCAGCACUGUGCUUGAUGAACCAGGAUUGGACCAAGAGGAAGACUUUGGUCAUUACAAACCUUAUACAGUGUCAAAUGUUCUUCGUAAACAACCAGAGGUAGUUGUGAAACAUAAGUCAAUCUUUGUGCUGAAGGCAGACCGAGGAAUGGGGAAGUCAUCUAUUGUAGCUAACUGGGUUAAACAAUUUAGCGCUGAACACUCAGAGGUGAAGGUCAUCAGUCAUUUUGUUGGCUGCAGCGGAAGGAGCCGAGAUGUUACAACCUUUCUGCGGAGAUGCAUUUCAGAAUUGAGAGAGGAAUAUUUAACAGAAGAUGAUGAUGGUCAUCCUGAUGGUGAGGUUGCCAGGCAACAUUUUAAGGAGCUGUGUGGAAGUUUCCAGUCAGCUAUUUCACUUGGACCUUGUGUGCUGUUGAUAGAUGGAGUAGAUGAACUAGGGGCUUCUAUGGGGCUUAGCCCACAAGAGAUAAAGACAUUUUCCUGGAUACCACUGCCAUUACCGCCACAGUGUCGUAUUGUAGUAACGACCUUGAACUCUGACCUUAGUCACAGCAACUUAACGAAAAGGCCAGACACCAAGGUCAUGUCUUUGUCAAGCUUAAGCACAACAAAAGUUAAGGCUGAGAUGCUAGAAGAUCACAUGCAGAUGCAUUUUGACCAUCUUAAACGAACACAGUUACAAACAAUAUUUGAAUCUAAGUUGUCAGGGAGGCCAUUAUUUCUGAGAAUUCUGGGAAACGAGAUGUGCUCAUAUAGUGUGUAUACGGACUUGAGUGUUUAUACAGAUACGAUAAGGGAAAUGUGUACUUCUAUACGUGACUUAUUUGUGCGGUGCUUCAAACGUUGGUCUCAGGACCACAGUUGGACAUAUGAGGUAUUAUCUGCUGAACAAACAGAAAGCGACACUGCUGAUUUUAUUGGAUGGGUGCCAGAUGUGUUACGUCUGCUUGCUGUGUCAAGGUCAGGACUAACAGCCAAUGAGAUACUAGAUACUCUUGUUUCCAUGGGUUACCGGGAGAAUGUGAAGGUCACACAGUUUGAUUGGUUAAUGUUUCAGCUAUGUAUGGGAGACAAUAUUACGCAAAGCACAUAUGGAAUGUUAAAUUUCUCACAUCAACAUAUGAGAGAAAUUGUGGAAUACGUUCUUCUACGCAUAGUGAAACCAUCUACAGCUGAGAUAAUUUCUCACUCUGACAGUGAUAAGGAAUGGAAGAAACAGAAGAGAGAGUUUAAUCAGUAUCUCGUGAAAUAUUUCGUUUGCCAGAAUCACAGUCAAAGGCGAGCUGAAGAGUUACCAUGGCAACUGUUGAUGGCAGGAGAGAUGAAAAAGUUAGCUGAAAUCCUUGCUGAACCUCAAAUGUUUGAGAGCCUGUAUGAUGCUGAGAACAGAUACCCCUCUAAUCACUAUGAUCUGAGGCGGUACUGGUACUACCUGGAGAAAGAGGGUCACAGUGCUGUAGACAUGUAUAAUCAGCUGCUGCUUAGAUUAGGGGUACUCAAACCAGAACCAGAAAAAAUAGAGGUUGAAAGUAUAGAAGAAAGCGGUUCAGUGUCAGAUUUGUCAGAGGCCAGCUCUACUGGAAAAUCUGAGGAGGUUCAGCCUCCAAUCAUGCUGUUUUCCCCAGCCUCACCAAACAUUCCAUCAAUCUUCACCACCCCAGCAUCUGAAACCAAACUGUCUGUAAUAGAUGAAGCCAGUGAUAUCAUGUCAAAGGAUGACAGAGGCAGUAUAGAGGACAUUACAAAUGGUGGUGACUCAGUUUUCCUCACACAAGGUAUUGAAACUGAGGAAAAGAAGUUUGAUUUGAGCCCAGCUGAAGUGACUGCUCUUACAUGGCAUGUUAGUCAAUUCAUUUUGGAGCUUGGACACAGGCAGGCAGGGGAAGCAAUUCUGAUGGCUUUAAACUCAAGACUUAUGCAGCCUGAUGACACAGAUGAGAAUUAUCCCCUUGUGGAAGGUGACCAGUUGAUCCAUGCCAAAGUUCAGGAGUGUCUAGGUCAGCUAUAUUUAAAUCAGAAUCAUCUUGACCUUGCUGAGAAAUGGUACAAGAAAGCUCUACGCACUGUGAUGGACAUGUUUGAAAUAGAAGAAACUUCAAGCUUGUUUACAGAACUACAGUGCUUAAAAGGAAAAGUAAUACAGCAGAUAGGCUGUCUCCGUCUGCAGGAAGGUAUGAUAGAUGAUGCUGAUGACCUCCUUGAAGAAGCCCUUGACCUUGCUGAGGUCACACAUAAACUCACUGCGAGGGCAGCAGCACUUUUCCACAUAGGAACAUUGAGAAUGCAUCAGCAUGAUUAUUUAAUGGCAGAAACAAAUCUACGCAAGAGUUUGAUACUGCGACAAAAAUGGUACGGUAGAAAUCACACUUUGGUAGCAGAAGUCCUUUAUAAGCUUGGAAUAUUGAUGGCUGAUGAGGACAAUGACAAGGGGUAUGAUAGAGGGGCUGCCAGUGAUGCUUUUAGAAGAUGUCUUCAGAUAAGGGAAUUCCAUCUGGACAAAGAUCAUAUUCAAGUUGCUGAAGUACUUUUUGAGCUAGGAAAGUUGUUAAAGCAUGAGACCAGCUAUUGUGGAAGAGCUGAAUGUAACAGCCUGUUGACGAGAGCAUUAGAUAUCAGAAUUACCAAACUUGGAAGUGAGCAUAUUGAGACGAGAGCAGUUCGCCAGUACUUAAACAAUCUAGAGAUAUCACUGAAGUCAGCCAAGCAUGACAGUAGAUCAUCAGAGAGGCCAUAUAGCUCCCUCUCAUGGAGGGGUCACGACUUAGCAAACAUCGAAAAGAAAUCACGUCUGCAGUCUGGUAAAACAAGCAGCUAUGGCCAAGUAUCACGUCCUGGAAGUCAGUUGUCCCGGACUGGUAGUCAUAUAUCACGUACACAUAGUCAGAACAUUUCUCGGCCGGUUAGUAGCCAGAUGGACUUUACAGGUGCAACGAUAAGUCAGAAGACUAAUUUGAUGUCAUACCUCCCAGCAUCGGAAAGAUUAAUGCUUGAAUCGACUACUACUACCCCAAGGCUUCUACAACGAGAAACUGUACACAGAAAAUUAAAACAGAAAGAAAACUUGUAUCGGCAAUCUCCAGAGAUAUCUCCACAUUCUCCACGUGGUGAUCAGCAGUUCGAGGAGGAGAGGAAACAUGUCAGCAUUGAGGUAGAAUCUGAUCAUGUUAAAAAAUCUCAAGAUGUUAACGACAAAGUCUUGUUAGAUAGUUAUGCGGAAGAUGGCGAAAAAUCUGCUGUUAAGUUCAAAACUAAAACCGUAGCUUUACGGCGAUCACCUGAAGAGCCCAUGGGAAGGGAAACACCUCCAGAAAGACUUUAUCGUCGCUUUGGUAGUCCGGAAAAUAUGAUUCGAGGUGGAUCAACUGUGGGCGCAAGGUCUGGUGAAGUUACACUACGUACAUCUGAAAUGAGUUUGGUUCCCAAAAAAGAAUCUUCUCUAAGACAAAAGCGUCCAGUUGGUAGUGCCAGAAGUGCAAGAAGCGUUGGUAGUUCAUUGUAUACCAGUGCUUCGGGAGCAUCUAUAGCAAGUCAUAAAUCAAACUGUGAUAUACCCCGUGGGCCACAUAGUAUUCAUAUCAGUAAUGCUAGAAGCACAACAAUGGGACCACAUAGCUCUGUUAACAGUUUAAUGGGAGACACAGGACCCAAGGAUAUUUCUCACGGUAUCCAUCAUAAAUCUGCCUGGUACCAUGUUCCAGGCCGCUAUGGUACUGUGGAAAAAAGUUACGCCCCUAAAAGAUCGCAGAGACGUAUGGAGGCUAAGAAAUUGGAAAAAUCGAUUUCUCCAGUCAUUCCUGAUCCUUAUACAACAUUCAUGAAAAGCGAUUACAGGAAAAACAAUCCAAGAAUGCUAAACAAGGGUUACCCAGGUAAAGGCGGCCAUACCUGUAGCAAGGGUCAGACGUACACACCAUACCCACGUAAUGAUAAAAAACAGUAUGUUAUAUGUGAUCGGUGUCAGAAGGAAACUGAAGAAAUUAUUGCAGCACAAGAAAAUGAAUUACUUGGAAUAGUAGAGGGAGGGAUGCAAGAAGGAAUGAUGUUGGCCCCGACUGUGAAUGGACUGACGGCCCCUGACAGGCCGAGACAAGCAAGUUAUGUAUAUGAAGAGCCAAUUAUUCCAGAUGAUUAUGGCAUGUAUCAGAAUACUGGAAGUAUGGUCACUUUCAAAGAUGCUGUUGUCAUUAAUUAGAUAAUUAGUCACAAACUUUAUCUCUUCAUUUUAAUUAAAACAGUGCUAAUUAUUACCUGUAACCAGCUGUGAUAAAGACACCUUUGCUGCACAGACUAUGCUCUGAAAAGCCGUCCAGUUUAAUGAACUUUUUCCUUGGGACUGUCUAUAUAUUUAAAUCUUUGAGUAAAUGACUGGUAUUUAGAUCCCCAUGUAAAAGACUGUGAUAUAAUUAUUAUUUGACGGGACUAAUAUUCAUGAAUUUCCUCAGAUCCAAAGCUUGUGGUAAUCAGUUAGAAAUAAAUCUUUGUGAAAAAAAAAAAGAACCCAUUAUUUUAUUCAAAAUCUUUGAAGCUUUGAAGAGUUUUUAUACAUACAUGAAAGGAAUGCUCCGUAAUAAUAUUUUUAAAUCAACAGAUUCAUAUUCACAUGAAAUAACAAUUUUUGCCGACACCACAAAAUUUUAAAUGUAUACAUUAAACUUUGAAGUAUUUGUUACAAUGGCAUUAUCAUAUUUUUAGAUCUGAAUACACUAAAUGUUGAUCUCCAGUUGUGAGUCCAUGUUCUACUACAUGUAUAUUUUUUGUAACUUUGACCCCAGGUGACAAUCUUUUUUCCUCUAUGUUUUCUCUUCCGUGGAUUAAUACAAAACUUAUUGUUUUAGACUAAUGAAAGGAAAGCAUCAUGCUUUCAGAAGAAUGUUAACUCAUCAGUUUUUAAGAACUGAGAAUGUUAGUUUCUGUGAAAUUGUUAAUAUUGUUGAGGGAAUAUUAUUUGCAUAUUUUUUUGUGUUCCAUUGUUAGGUCAAUCCUUGAAAUUAAAUCUCAACAAAUGAGUAAACUUCCCAUUUUUUAUGUCUGUAAAUUCAUAUCCCCUUGAAACAGCCAUUUUGAAUUUCAUGCCUAUGGCAUUAAACAAUUCUACAGUAUGCAGAAGAAAUGUGUUGUAAAAUAGAAUGAAAUUUAAAAAAAAAAUAACAUGGACAAUUUAAGUCUAUUGCAACUUCUGUUUAUGUUUUUGUCUUAGUCUUCUUCAGAGCUAAUCAUAUAAGGGAAGUCUAUCUUUUAAAUUGUAUCUUUUUAAAGUAAAGUAGAAGAAAUAAAACAGUUUCACUGUAUUUUUGAUACUACUCAUAAUUUUUAGUAUCCACUUCAAAAUGAUUUCAUUUUUUUUAGCUCACCUGUGCCAAAGGCUCAUGGUGAGCUUUUGUGACCGCUCAGUGUCCGUCAACAUUUUCUAAAAAAAUAUUCUUCUUGAAAACCACUGGGCAGAAUUACACCAAACUUCACAGGAAUGAUCCUUGGGUGGCCCCAUUUCAAAUUUGUUCAAAGAAUUGAAUUCCAUGCAGAACUCUGGUUGCCAUGGCAACCGAAAGGAAAAACUUUAAAAAUCUUCUUGUCCAAAACCACAGGGCCUAGGGCUUUGAUAUCUGGUGUGUAGCAUCAUCUAGUGGUCCUCUACCAAGAUUUUUCAAAUUAUCCCCCUAGGUUCAAAUAUGGCCCUGUCCUGGGGGUCACAUGGUUUAUAUAGACUUAUAUAGGGAAAAAAUGUUAAAAAUCUUCUUUUCUGAAACCACAAGACUUAAGCCUUUGAUAUUUGUUUGUAGCAUUGUCUUAUGGUUCUCAACCAGAAUUGUUCAAAAUGUACCCCUUUGGUGAAAAGAGGCCCUGCCCUGGGGAUCCUAAGUAUUAUAUAGACCUAUAUAGGGAAAAAAACUUUAAAAAUCUUCUUGUCUAAAACCACACAACCUUUUGAUAUUUUUUAUGAUGCAUUGCCUAGUAGUCUUCCACCAAAAUUGUUUAAAUUAUACCCCUGGGAUUAAGAGGCCCUGCCCCGGGAUCAGUUAGUUAUUAUAUGAGUUAUAUUAGGAAAAAAUACUUAAAUAAUUAACUGAUCCUUUUUCCAAAAGAUAAUAGGUAAAGGUAGAUUUCUCGGAAGCACAGCUAGAGCACCAAAAACAUAGCCCAAGAGCCACACAUUUGCCAGCAACAAAAAGAAGCUGUAAUGGAAAAACAUUUCAGACAGGUUGCUCCAAGACUGUUUGAUUAUAAUUACCUGAUGAUCCCAAGUAAUAUGAUGUCACUUGACUGUGACCUUGACCUGCUGACUUACUUCCUUGUUUUUUAACAUACAGCCUUUAAAUUUGGAUAAUAUACACAGCUUUGCACACCGAUCGUAAAACUGAAUUUCAGUGACCAUGAAUGUGACCUUCUGACUUCUUUAAUAUUUUAACAUCAGUUUGACAUUUGAAACAUGUAGCUCAUAGUGCUCAGGUGAGCGAUCCAGGGUCAUCAUGACCCUCUUGUUUAAUUUUUAUAUACUUGUGUGUGUGUGAGCUUAGUUAUAGUUGGCAAUAACCCAUUUGGGUGACUCUCUCCAGAAGACUAAAUUAAUUAAUUUUAGCUGGAGGAGAGUGCAAGAUAGAGAAGACUUUCCAUUUCCAGGAGCUUCCCUGGUUCUUUAACAUGCCAGGUACAGAGGAUCCAUAGCUCAUUUUAUUCACACGUAAAAAAGCUAUAGUCAUUGCUUACAGCAUUUACUGCCCAUUUUUGAUGAAUCUAUUAAAGAUAUUUAUUUUACUGCAAUUUCAUAGAGAUUUUGUGUUUUUAAGAAUAUUUUCAACUUACAUUUAUACCCAUCUCUUGCUUAGAUGUUUCGUUAUUGGAAUGGUUUGCUGAUGGUUUUUACACCUAGAAUGUUUUGUGAUGUCAUUGGAUAUUUAAUUAAAUGCUAAAUUAGAUUUAACAAGGAACAAUGUCACCAGUGUAUUUUUUCUUCUUUAAAUGCACAUUCUGCUUCAGAUGUAUUAUUUCACAGCAUUAAUAUAUUAUAACAUCUUUCAUAGCAUUAAAUUUUGAAUAUUGUCUUGAGUAAUAUGUGAUAAAAUAAGACAUAGUUCUGUGUUAGUUACCUUAUGUACAGUAAAAUCAGAAAAUUUUCACAAGAGUUUUAUUUUUGCAAUAUUCCCAGACUAUCUCUGUGGAAGUUGAAAUGUUCUGUUAUUGUAAUAAAAAAUUAAUGGUCUUCUAUCUUUUGCAAGUUUGUCGUAUAUCGCAAAUAAGUUAUCAAUUCCAUUUUGUAACACUGAAAUAUUGAAAGCGCAAAAUUUAUACAUCUGGUAAUUAACAAUGAAAGAUGCCAUAUAGAUUUUUCACUAGUGUGAUUAAAUAUGGUUUAAACAAUUGAAAAGGUGAUACUAUGUGAUAGAAAGAAAAUGUGUUUGUUUUACAUCUAAGAUCGAAACAUUUUUCACUCAUAAGGAGAGAUCUUAUUAGCUCACCUGUCACAAAGUGACAAGGUGAGCUUUUGUGAUCGCGUGGCGUCCGUCGUCUGUCCGUCCGUGCGUGCGUUAGUGCGUGCGUAAACUUUUGCUUGUGACCACUCUAGAGGUCACAUUUUUCAUGGGAUCUUUAUGAAAGUUGGUCAGAAUGUUCAUCUUGAUGAUAUCUAGGUCAAGUUCGAAACUGGGUCACGUGCGGUCAAAAACUAGGUCAGUAUGUCUAAAAAUAGAAAAACCUUGUGACCUCUCUAGAAGCCAUAUUUUUCAUGAGCUCUUCAUGAAAAUUGGUCAAAAUGUUCACCUUGAUGAUAUCUAGGUCAAGUUCGAAACUGGGUCACGUGGGGUCAAAAACUAGGUCAGUAGGUCUAAAAAUAGAAAAACUUUGUGACCUCUCUAGAGGCCAUAUUUCUCAAUGGAUCUUCAUGAAAAUUAGUCAGAAUGUUCAUCUUGAUGAUAUCUAGGUCAAGUUCGAAACUGGGUCACGUGCGGUCAAAAACUAGGUCAGUAGGUCUAAAAAUAGAAAAACCUUGUGACCUCUCUAGAGGCCAUAUUUUUCAAGAGAUCUUCAUGAAAAUUGGUCAGAAUGUUCACCUUGAUGAUAUCUAGGUCAGUUUCGAAACUGGGUCAUGUGGGGUCAAAAACUAGGUCAGUAGGUCUAAAAAUAGAAAAACCUUGUGACCUCUCUAGAGGCCAUAUUUCUCAAUGGAUCUUCAUGAAAAUUGGUCAGAAUGUUCACCUUGAUGAUAUCUAGGUCAAGUUCGAAACUGGGUCAUGUGGGGUCAAAAACUAGGUCAGUAGGUCUAAAAAUAGAAAAACCUUGUGAUCUCUUCAGAGGCCAUAUUUCCCAAUGGAUCUUCAUGAAAAUUGGUCAGAAUGUUCACCUUGAUGACAUCUAGGUCAAGUUCGAAACUGGGUCACAUGCGGUCAAAAACUAGGUCAGUAGGUCUAAAAAUAGAAAAACCUUGUGACCUCUCUAGAGGCCAUAUUUCUCAAUGGAUCUUCAUGAAAAUUGGUGAGAAUGUUCACCUUGAUGAUAUCUAGGUCAGGUUUGAAACUGGGUUACGUGCGGUCAAAAACUAGGUCAGUAGGUCUAAAAAUAGAAAAACCUUGUGACGUCUCUAGAGGCCAUGUUUCUCAAUGGAUCUUCAUGAAAAUUGAUCAGAAUGUUCCUCUUGAUGAUAUCUAGGUCAAGUUCGAAACUGGGUCACGUGCGGUCAAAAACUAGGUCAGUAGGUCGAAAAAUAGAAAAACCUUGUGACCUCUCUAGAGGCCAUAUUUUCAUGAGAUCUUCAUGAAAAUUGGUGAAAAUGUUCACCUUGAUGAUAUCUAGGUCAGAUUCAGAAGUGGGUCACGUGCCUUGAAAAACUAGGUCAUUAGGUCAAAUAAUAGAAAAACCUUGUGACCUCUCUAGAGGUCAUAUUUUUCAAUGGAUCUUCAUGAAAAUUGAUCAGAAUUUUUUAUCUUGAUGAUAUCUAGGUCACAUGUGCUCAAAAACUAGGUCACUAUGUCAAAUAAUAGAAAUAACGACGUCGUACUCAGUUCAACACUAGGUCAUGUGGGGAUAGGUGAGCGAUUCAGGACCAUCAUGGUCCUCUUGUAUUUUUACAUGUGGUUAGGUCACUUGUGAGAAUAUUGCAUCCAGUAUUCACCUGGUGAAAAAUAUUUCAAUCUUACUCUGAAACAAACAAAUAUUCUCUAUUUUUCCUAGUGAAAAUAUCUGAUUUUACAGUGACAUGAGUGUUAUUGUGCUUUAUACAUUGUGAUUUUAUUGUUUUAUAUGAAUAGUGAUACAUAAUGUUAUGUUAGAACUUACUUUUUGUUUUUAAAUCAUGAAAAGAAUUAUUUAUUACAGACUUCUAUCAAUGUUAAAGAUUUAGUUAAUUAUACAUUAUUGAAAUGA